GGUAAUCAGAAGCUGGUGAGUAAAAUAACAGAUCAAACCAGGCUUCCGCUCCUCUCCUCCUCUUCAUUCUCAAUUUCAAUUUCAAUUUCGGCCUCCUCAGGAAUCAUCUUAUUGGGGGCUUGACAAGCCUCAGCUUCAGAUCGACGUUGAGCUUCAGCGGAAGACUCACUCUCGGUCUCACUGUUCAUGGUCUUUGUCUCUGGUCAGACAAGUAGACAAAAAUGACGAAGAGCUCAAAAAAGAGCAAAGAAGAUGAGGAGAUUGUUGAUUCUGGCGAUGAUGCUUGGUGCUGGUUGCUGCACAAGGGAAUUACACCUUCAUUCUUUUGCAUUGCAUUGUUUUCCCUUUUGGUUCGAGUCGCUGUCUCACUCCAUCCUUACUCUGGUGCUGCAACUCCCCCCAAGUUCGGCGACUUUGAAGCCCAGCGGCAUUGGAUGGAAAUCACCCUUAAUCUCCCACUCAACGAAUGGUAUCGAAACACUACCCUCAAUGAUCUCAGCUACUGGGGUCUCGACUACCCUCCCCUCACUGCUUAUCAGAGUUAUGUCCAUGGGCUUUUCAUCAGAUUCUUUAGUCCUGAAUCAGUUGCUCUUUUCACUUCCCGCGGACAUGAGUCAUAUUUGGGGAAACUUCUUAUGAGGUGGACAGUGUUAUCGUCCGAUGCCUUGGUGUUCUUUCCUGCUGUUUUUUAUUUUAUUGUUGUUUACUAUAGUGGGCGUAAUCAAAGGGGCCGUAUGUGUGGCAUAGCAUGGCACAUUGCAAUAAUUUUACUCAAUCCGUGCCUGAUCUUAAUUGAUCAUGGUCAUUUCCAGUACAAUUGCAUUAGCUUGGGUCUGACUAUCGGAGCUAUUGCCGCUAUUCUUUCUGAUAAAGAUCUUCUAGCCUGUGUCUUAUACAGCCUUGCUCUCAACCACAAACAGAUGAGUGCAUAUUUUGCUCCUGCAUUUUUCAGCCAUCUUCUGGGUAAAUGUAUAAGGCGCCGGUAUCCAAUUUUCGAAGUGUUUAAACUUGGCAUUGUGGUCUCAGGAACGUUUCUUGUUGUCUGGUGGCCAUAUGUUCACUCAGUGGAAGCCUUUUUUGAGGUUCUCUCUCGUCUUGCUCCUUUUGAGAGAGGGAUAUAUGAGGAUUAUGUGGCUAACUUUUGGUGCACCACUUCGGUUCUUGUAAAAUGGAAGAGAUUGUUUCCAACACAUCAACUGAAGGUUCUCAGCCUUGGUGCAACUAUUUCUACUUUUCUGCCUUCAAUGAUUCAGCAGAUAUGGGCUCCAAGUAAAAAAGGUUUCCUGUAUGGGUUGCUGAAUAGUGCCUUCUCAUUUUAUCUGUUCUCAUUCCAAGUGCACGAGAAGUCUAUUUUGCUGCCUCUCCUACCAGCAAGUCUUUUGGCAAGUGAAGAACCUUUUCUAUUUACCUGGAUGACCCUUUAUGCCCUAUUCUCGAUGUUCCCUCUUCUACAUCGUGACAAGCUGGUUUUACCAUAUAUUGCGCUAUCUGCUCUUUUUAUACUUUUAAGCCUGGCGCCGAAUAGAAGACAGGAGACAAGGGAGACAAAUGCCUUCAGAUCGAUUGUGACAACAUUCUUUCCUUUGUGCUCGCUCAUUCUUCAUGUUGUUUAUUUAAGCAUGAAUGCCCCCCAAAGAUAUCCCUUCCUAUUUGAAGCUUUAAUCAUGCUUCUUUGCUUUUCCCAGUUCACAUUCCUAACUAUGUAUACUAACGCACAACAAUGGAUGUUACUGAAACACUCCAACUUGGUAGAUAAAGAAAAGAAGCUCCUUUGAGCUAUGUAUUUGGUAUAACUAGUUUAGGAUUGGUAUACAAAGAUACCCCUUUCUUUUUGAAGCUUUGAUUAUGCUUCUCUGCUUCUCUCAGUUUACGAUUCAAAACAAUGGAUGUUAGUUCAACACUGCAACUUUUCAUACAUUUUGGAUCUGAUUGAAGAGUUGUAUUGAGAUUUUGAAUUUGACUUUUC